AAAGAACUUUGACCCUAUAUUUCACGAAGACGGAGGUUCAUCUUAAAGUGAAUCCAUAUAUUUGAAUGUGUGUUGACUUGGUUCGCACGAAUUUAUAAAGACGUCUUAUAUAGAGUAUAAUGCCUGAGAUUCCAGAGAAGACUCAGAACAUGUUUCAGGAGGGGCUACAUCAGGUGUUUUUUAAGGUGCGCCCUUUGCCCAGCCCUGUUCCAGCGGACGACUCCACAGCUGGAGAGCUGAUGGAAGACAGACUGGUCCGCUGGUUUGGGAAAAUGGUCAACACCCGCCUUCUCCUGUCUGGGGUUGUUCAGAUUUUGAGUGCUGCCUUCUGUAUUCUUUCCACUUUCUCCUAUACUUGUUUGACUUUCAGCUGUUCUGCGUCUAUGACGGCUCCAAUAUGGUGUAGCCUUUUUUUUCUAGCCACGGGGUCACUUGCAAUUGAUGUCCAGAGGAAACCCCAAAAAAUCAAAGUCAUGACUCUGAUGUGCCUGAAUAUCUUCAGCUUGCUGUUUGCUGUUUGUUCUUUUGUCACCUUCUUUAUUAAAUCGUCACUCAUGGAAAAGGCCACCCCUCAGCAGCGCAUUGGUGUGUAUGUGUUGAAGGGCAGUGGUUUCAUGUCCAUCAUCCAGUGCAUGUUAGCAGGCAUAUACAUGCUCUUCCUGAUUUGGAAAGGUAUCAAGUCCUACAGCACCCUCUACAGACAGGACUACAUCAGCGUAAUACAGAAAUCAGAUGAGCAUGCAGAUCCACUGCUGGAAAACGAACAGUUCAGCAUUUAAACAGUUGGUGUGUGGAAUCAGGAAAACUUAUGCAAAA